AGGUCUCCAACACAGGACAGUGGCACAGGGACUUUGUGAAAACCGCCUGAGCUGAGGUCCACCGGCAGGCCACGCACUUUACGCAGUCCCGCGAGAGAGAGAGAGUGGAGCCGUGGGCGUAUAGAUGGAUGGAUGACCCCGCUGCUUCCCCUCCCUACCAGCCCCAGCUGUCAGCUCCCUUCCUGACUUCCCCACCCUGCCCCCGGUACCAUGGCGUCCAGCGAGGAGGACGGCACGGUUGAGGAGAAGGAAAACAACAACAAGAAGAGAACGAAAAGCGCCCUCGCUACCGCAUGGCUCACUUUCUACAACAUCGCCAUGACCGCCGGGUGGCUAGUUUUGGCCAUGGCGAUGAUACGCUUCUACAUCCAGAAAGGCACGCACAAGGGUCUGUACAGAAGUAUAGCAAGGACGCUCAAGUUUUUCCAGACCUUUGCCUUAGUUGAGGUGGGACACUGUGCAAUCGGAAUCGUGAGGACUUCUGUGAUUGUCACCGGGGUUCAAGUGUUUUCACGCAUUUUCAUGGUUUGGUUCAUCACCAACAGCAUCAGACAGAUCCAGAGUGAAGAAAGUGUAAUCCUAUUCCUGGUUGUGUGGACGGUGACAGAGAUAACCAGAUAUUCCUACUACACAUUCAGCCUGCUCCACCACCUGCCGUACUUCAUCAAAUGGGCCAGAUACAACCUCUUCAUCGUCUUGUACCCCCUGGGAGUCGUCGGGGAACUGAUGACCAUUUAUGCUGCUCUGCCAUUCGUGCGCAGAUCUGGAAUGUACUCCAUGAGGCUCCCCAACAUGUAUAACGUGUCGUUCGACUACUACUACUGCCUCAUCAUCGUCAUGUUAUCCUACAUCCCACUGUUUCCUCAGCUCUACUUCCACAUGCUGCGGCAGAGGAGAAGGGUGCUUCACGGGGAGGUCAUAGUGGAGAAGGAUGACUAGACGAGCCACCACCUCAUGCCUUCGUUUGAGCCAGCCCCGCCUCCAUAUCACCCUCACGUCCCCCACAUCAUGUCCGCCUCAUCUUUAGCACCAUCGGCCAACACAUUCUUCAACGCGUGGGACCGGAAGAGCCGCACGCAUGACGACCUGAUCUGAUGAGAGCUUUAGCCAGUGAUAAUCAGGAGGAAAGGAGUUUAUCAGUGCUGAAGUGUUUCUCUGCAGCAUUAAUUCCUAUCCGAGUGGUCAUAUUGGACACAUGUUUACAGUCCCAGUGUUGCUGGAGCUUUGAGACAAAAGCCUGACGUUGUGUCUCAGCACAGAGAGAUCCUGAGUCCUUUAUUCACCCACCAGCCUCUCUGCAAAUUGUUACACUGAAAAUCAUGAGCCACAACGCUGCGCCCGCCUGUCCGAAAGAGAAAAAGGUCAAAUGAGACGCUUCUAUGGAAAUGUGAAACGAAACAUGGGAGGAAGGUUGUAAGUUGUGACUCCUGAGUCGUCCCCACUUCAUCCUCAACCUUCCCAGUUGGCAGUUUUAUUAUCUUUUAAGUGUUUUCCACCGCAGUGAUUUCAUACAGACUUAGUGUGGCUGUAACAAGAGGUCAGGUUUCAAAAGAGAAUAUUCGUAGUUCUAUCAUACCUCAACAAUAAAUCUACAUUUAGACAAUAUGCUGCUUCUUUUGUGUAUGUUUGUUUUACCUUAUGUGUAAAUGACGCAAUGUGAAAUGAGCAGUUGAUUAUUAAUAAUAAGCAUAUUUCUUAAAGAUAAUUUAUUCACAAACUGAGCAAGCUCAGCUCACACUUAACAUUUUCUCUGCUUGGCUCCACUCCUGCAUUCUUGUAUGCUGCUUUGAUGUUUACUAUGUCAGAUUAAUUUACAAGAGUGCAUCUUGAAACAAAUUUGAGUCUUCGAAAAGUCGCAGACGACGGUUUAGAUUUUUGUGAGCACUCACAGUCUUCAGUCGCUGUUGUGUUUGUUUUUGUAACAUAAAGAAUCUCAUGUCCGUGUUGAUAAAAAGCUAGUUAGAUUCCCUCCUACGAAAGGUGCUAUUGUAAGAUCAUUUCAACCUUCUGUGCAGCUGAAGAAGAGACUGUGAUUGGAUUUGACCUAAAGUAGGAAACCAGGAUGUGAAAUGAUGGAGAGGAAAUGUUAAUCAAUGAACUGCAUAGCCCACGGUUAUUUAAGACAGUCAACUUUUGUUAAUAAUCUGGGUUCGAGGAGAUAAAACAGUAAAAGCCAAGUCACUGGAAAAGUUAUUUUUCAAGAACAGAACAAUAGAAAUGUGAAAAUACAUUUUUUGUGCAAAAUCAAUAAACUAAAUUCUACAA